AUGGCCCUGGCGAUCCCGCCGCCAAACGAUCGCAAGCGGGUCAAGGUCUACGAGCUCAAGGACAAUGACUGGUUCGAUAGAGGCACCGGCUUCUGCACCGGCCAGAUUCUCGAUGUACGACCCCUCCCCAGCUGGCUCUCGCAUACGCGCGCGCGCAUGCCCGCAGGAGCGCUGGCUCCUGUGCACCAAGCCAUUGUGUGCGAUGAACCGAGGAUACUGGUCGAGUCGGAGGACCAGCCCGACCGCAUGCUGCUCGAAACCAAGAUAUCCAAGGAUGAUGGAUAUCAGAAACAACAAGAGACGUUGAUAGUAUGGACGGAGCCAAACGGCACUGAUAUGGCCCUCAGCUUCCAGGAAGCAGACGGUUGCGCUGUCAUAUGGGAAUUUGUGCGCCAUGUUCAACAACACUUCAUGGGAUUAGCCGGCCCAGACGACCCGCUCUCAGACGAUGCGCUGGAUUCCUUAUCGACCGCCAUAAUGCUGCCUGCCCCCGAACUCGCCAAUCUCGCCGACAUAGAGAACGCAAUGCGCGCCGCCAGCAACUCCCAGGCCGGCAGGGAUGCGAUCUCGAAAUUCGUUAUCCGCGAUGACUACAUCCUGAAGCUUCUUCCCCUCGUGUCGACCGCUGAAGACCUGGAGAGCCUGCCCGACCUGCACCGGCUGUGCAACAUCAUGAAAUCCCUGAUCCUCCUGAACGACAACACCAUCAUUGAACUGGUUGUGAGCGACCAUGUCAUUAGUGGAGUCGUUGGCGCUCUAGAAUAUGAUCCGGAGUUCCCCGCGCAUAAAGCCAAUCACCGACAGUACCUGAACGACCGCAGCCGUUACAAGGAGGUCGUUCCUAUAAAAGAUCCAAUAAUUCUACGGAAGAUCCGUCAUACUUGGCGCCUGCAGUACCUCAAGGAUGUCGUGCUGGCCAGAAUCUUGGACGACCCUACUUUCUCCGUUCUGAACUCCCUUAUCUUCUUCAACCAAGUCGACAUAGUCCAACACCUUCAGACCAAUACGCCGUUUCUCAACGAGCUCUUUUCAUUAUUCAGCCCUAGAAAUACUGACAAUAGACGGAAAGAUGAUGCGGUGCAGUUCAUCCACCAAUGUGCGUUGAUCGCGAAGAACUUGCAGGCCGGCGCUCGCGGGAGUUUGUUUGGAAGUUUUAUCAACCAUGGCCUCUUUUCCGUGAUCGUGUACGCCGUCAAGCAUCCUAGACCACCCGUUAGAACCACCGGUGUGGAUAUUCUUGUUGCCCUUUUGGAUCAUGACCCCAUCAUGAUGCGAGGCUAUAUGUUGAAAGCCCUAAAUGAGAAAAAAAUCCCCCUGACCGAGACCUUGAUUGAUCUGCUACACACAGACACCGAUCUGGGCGUGAAAAGCCAAUUAUCCGAUGCUAUCAAAAUUUUAUUAGACCCGCAGACUCCCGUCCCGGAGGCCUUGAGAGCUGGCGCCGAUUACCUGACGAAGCUACGGUCUCAGAAUACCUUUCCGGACACUUUUGUACAGCAACAUUUUGAUGAAUCUGCACGGCGGCUGUUUUUACCACUGAAGGAGUUGGAAAAUAGACAAAAUCUCAGCGACUUAUCCUUUCACGAAGUCGCGCUAUUAUCCCAUCUGGUCGACAUUCUCACCUUUUUUGUUCGACAGCAUUUAUUUCGAACCCGUAAUUUCAUACAUGAAGAGGCGAUGGCUCCUCGAAUAGCGCGACUGCUCACAACACCCCAAAAGCAUUUAAAACUGACUGCGAUCAAAUUUUUCCGCACAUUGAUUAGCCUGCAAGAUACCUUCUAUUAUUCUCAAAUGACGCACAACAACACCUUUGAUCUGAUUCUCAACAUUGUAUACGAGACGAUGCCACGCGAUAAUUUGCUCAACUCUGCCUGUUUGGAGCUAUUCGAAUACGUCAAGCGCGAAAAUAUCAAGCCCAUCAUAAUCCAUCUUUGUGAAAACUACCGCGAGAAGAUAAAAAACAUUACCUAUGUGGAAACCUUCCGGAACCUGAUGUUCCGUUACGGCCAAAUGCAGGGCUACGGUGCUGAAAUGGGUCCAACAUUAUUCAGCCAGAACGAAUCCGUGGCCCCUACAAGAGGCCUCCUCAAUGGCGGCCAGCGUUGGCAAGGUGUCAGGGAAAUGGAUGCGGCGGAGGAGGAAUAUUUCGACGCAUCUGACGAUGAAGAAGACGAGGUAGGCGGCUUCUCAUCUCACGAAGUUAUGCAAGAUGGUGUGUCAGUGAAGACAACCGAACUUAUCAUCCCGCAUCAGCAGGUCAAACAUGCCCUCGAGACACCUGGGGUACUCAACGGAUCGCCAUCUCCAGCCGCCAAACCCUUGGUUGACUACCCCGACGAUGAUGACGACGACGACCCUAUGGAAAUGAACCAAGAAGCAACGCUGCACGGCCAAGACGCUGCAGCCCCAGCCCCGGCACCAGCAGCGCCCCCGGCCCAAGAAACCCCCGAAAAAUCCCCGCCGCAAGAUCCCCUCACUCAGAUGUCGUUCCAUGGCGAGCUGAUCUUCGAACGCUUCUCCGAGAAACGACGCCGAGAAGAAGACGAUGACGACGACGAGUUGAUCAAGCUGUCGUCGGCCUCCAAACGCCGCGGCUCGAGCGCGAGUAUGAGCAGCGUCAGCAGUGCUGCCGCGCAGAAGCAAACCGCUGCACAAUCACCGCCUGCAUCGUCGGCGCAGAAGAAAGUGGACCAGGCUUCCCCCGGCACGCCUGGAACCCCGAGCAAGAAGAUAUCUAUUAAUUUGGGGAAAACCGCGGUGUCGCAGACCACUUUGAAAAAUACCCACGCUCCACUGGCGGAUAGCAAUCAUGAUGACGAGAAGAAGAAGAAUCACUCUGCUGAAAGCGGCGAGGCUGGCGGCAAUGAUACUAGCGCAACAGGCUGA